AUGAGCUGCCAGAGGAAGUGGUUGAGGCAGAACUUCCACCAGGAAUGUGAAGAUGCAAUCAACAGGCAGAUUAACAUGGAGCUCUAUUCCUCCUAUGUUUAUCUCUCCAUGUCCUUUUACUUUGACCGGGAUGACAUUAGCCUACAUCACUUCUCUAAGUUCUUCAGGAAGCAGUCCUAUGAGGAACAGCAGCAUGCCGAGAAAUGGAUGGAAUUCCAGAAUCUGCGAGGAGGCCGGAUCGUGCUGGAGGACAUCAAGAAGCCAGAGCAGGAUGACUGGACCAAUGCUCUGGAAGCGAUGCAGAGAGCCCUGCAGAUGGAGAAGGACGUGAACCUGAGUCUCCUGGAUCUGCACAAGCUUUCCACUCAGCAUGGUGACCCUCAUCUAUGUGAUUUCCUGGAGAGGAACUAUCUGGAUGAGCAAGUGAAGAUGAUCAAGAAGCUUGGAGAUUACGUCACCAACCUGAGGAGACUGGGCGCCCCCGAGAAUGGCCUGGGAGUGUACCUGUUUGACAGACUGUCCCUGGAGGAGAAGGAUUAGAAGGACUUCAUGUCAUUACCUGUUAAAAUUGUAAAAUCAAACUCUUUAUUUGUGUGAAUCUUAACUUGACUAACUCAAUCUAGCAGGAGCUGGUUGGGUCCAACUCUGCAGACUCGAAAAAUAAAGUUUACCGUUCUGCAAAUUGCUGAGACUCAGUGUGUUUCUGACAACGUGGGGGCUCGUCCGGGAUCCACACUCCGGCCGCGGUGGACACGAGGAAGGACAUCGGAGACGGUGCACCCCGCCGAGUUUGGCGGUCCCUGACUCCUUGCUCGUCGCUCCGGCGCGGCUUGAGCGAGUGAUAUCCGGACAGCGCAGAGCGGUAAACGGGGAGAAGGGGACAGUACCUGGUACUGGAAGUCCCCAGGACGCACCGGGUAAGUGCCUACUAUUAUAGUAGAAG